GAGAAGGGCGGCAGGAAGGGGGUGGGGACGUAGAGAGACGGCCCCUGCCUUCCCCGCCCGCCACUCCCACCCCGACUCGGCAGGCGUCACGUGGUGCCUGGAGUAGGAGGUGGGGAGAAGAGGCGAGACUUUCUGGGUGCUCCGGUUCGCCAGUAGUUCCUUCAGUCUCGGUCGCCAACUCCAGAGGCGCCGCGCUCAGCCCGGGAGCGCGAGCGAGAGGAGCGGCGACCCGCAGCCGGGAGCCCCGGCGCGGGCGAUGCGGGCGCCGCGGGCGGCACCUGCGGCUCCUCUCGGCGGCGGCCGUCUCCUGGGCGGCAGCAGCGCGGGCCCCAGCAGCUUCGGCAGCCACAGCCGCUGCGGCUCGGGCAGCCUCCGCUGCGGUCGCCGCCUCUGAUGCGCCUGCCUGCUCCGGUCCCCGCGGCUCCGGGAGGAUGUGGGUCCUCGGCAUCGCGGCAACUUUUUGCGGAUUGUUCUUGAUUCCAGGCUUUGCGCUGCAAAUCCAGUGCUACCAGUGUGAAGAAUUCCAGCUGAACAACGACUGCUCCUCCCCCGAGUUCAUCGUGAAUUGCACGGUGAACGUCCAGGACAUGUGUCAGAAAGAAGUGAUGGAGCAAAGUGCAGGGAUCAUGUAUCGCAAGUCGUGUGCGUCAUCAGCGGCCUGUCUCAUCGCCUCUGCCGGGUACCAGUCCUUCUGCUCCCCAGGGAAACUGAACUCAGUGUGCAUCAGCUGCUGCAACACCCCUCUUUGCAACGGGCCAAGGCCCAAGAAAAGGGGCAGCUCUGCCUCGGCCCUGAGGCCGGGGCUCCCCACCACCGUCCUGCUCCUCAAAUUGGCCCUCUUCUUGGCACAGUGCUGAAGCUGAAGGAGAUGCCGCCCCCUCCUGCAUUGUUCUUGCGGCCCUUGCUCCCCCGCCUCCCCGAGGUUCUUCUGGGUGUCCUUUUAUUCUGGGUGGGGAAUGUGUGUUCUCUUUUUGUUCCUUUGCAAAUAACGAAAGAGCUCCGUGUAAAAGCAUUUUUGUAAGCUCUGAAUAAAUUCAGUCUGACUGAG